UGAUCUGUGGCUAGCGUGGCUGCUCCCCUCUCUCCUCCCCCGCCCCCUUUAUCCUUCCUCCUCUCCAUGGAGAUGGGCACGCGCACACACAUGCCCCGUAGCAGGCAGGGUCUCGGGGCUGCUGCGGGCAGCGAUGGGAGAAGGCGGGGACUCCAGUGCCCUGAGCUCUGAGCAGCUGCGGCUGGAGCUGGGGCAGGAGAAGCAGAUGAAGGAAAUGCUUGAACUCUCAAUAUUUGAAUUGAGAAACACGAUAACAGAACUUGAAAAAAGACUUAGCAGUGUUGAGGAUGAAGGUAAUGAAUGGAAAACCAGGUAUGAGACACAAGUAGAAUUGAACAGACAACUAGAAAGGCAAACUGGUCUUCUUCAAGAAAAGAUGGAACAUAUUUGUGGGACUCCAACAGAUAGAUUGUCUUCUAUUACAGAUAGAUUGUCUUCUAUUCGCUCCUUUGAUCAAAUGCCUGUGGGUUCCUUAAACCAGCUUCUUAAACAACUAGAAGAGGAAAAGAAAAGUCUCCAGAACCAACUGAAGGAUUAUGAGCUUAGACUGGAACAAGAAGCAAAGGCUUACCAUAAGGCUAAUGAUGAACGGCGCAUGUACCUAGCAGAGAUCUCACAGACAUCAGCUACACUUAAAAUUGCUGAGAGGCAGAAAACAGAUGCAGUGCAGAUCAAGAGGAAAAACCAAAUACUGAGAAGAAGACAUAAUGUUCCAGAAAAUCAAAGGAUUCUGGAUCCAAAAAAAGGACCAAUUAAAAAGACUGCAGGAGUGAAACAACUUCCAAAAUUAAAGCACUGACUUAAUAUUCUUAACAAGAACUUCCAAUCACUUUUAUUCUUGUUUCUAUAUAUUUAACUAAAUGUUUCUGAAGAAAAAUGUAUGUACCACAUUGAUUUAAGACACAUUCCAAUAACAAUAGCUACUCAUGAAGAUCUGUGCCUCCUGGCAGCUUCAGAGACUCCCUAUUCUGAGGGAAAAGUAGCCCUCUGUAAUCCUGUGGAAUAGUUUAUUGGGCAGUUCCUGGGUGCCCUUUUAAUGCUGGUGAAGUCUGAUCCUUCCCGGCCUGAUCGCCAGAUGUAAAAACUGAAUCAAGGAAUCAUAGGAAUCAAGUUGGGUGACUCAGGGAAUCACUUAAAUGCCUUAUGCUAGGCAGUUUCUUCCCCACUUUGACUCCACAGCCAGUCAUUGAAAAAAAUUUAAAGGGUUUGUUUUUAGAGCUCACUGAGGGAGGAGAAGAAGAGAGGAGGAUGUGACCUGAAGAGUAACCCCACUACCUAUACCAGAAGAAAAGAGUAAUACCCCAUUAGGAAUAGCCACUUAGCACACAAGCUACUGGGGAAACUCCCUUGAUUACUAGAGGAUGGGAAAACAGAUGGUUCUUUCUAGGAAGACAACCACAAUUUUCAGAUUCCAAGGCUAGAAGGGACCACUGUGACCGUCUAGUUUGAUCUGUGUACCACAGGCCAGAGAACUUCCCCAGAAUAAUUCCUACAGCAAAGCAUUCAAUCUUGAUUUAAAAAUUGCUGGUGAGGGAGAAUCCACCAUAACUCUUGGUAACUUGUCCCAAUGGCUAAUUACUCUGUUAAACAUUUAUGCCUAUUUCCUGUCUGAGAUACUGCCUCCCCUUUGGCUGAUUCUUUGCAAGCUGAGAGCCAGUCAGGUUCUGGGUCAGGUUCCCAGCAGUGGGCUGGGGACAGGGCACACCUAUGGCAUUAGGGAGGCAGAGCUGGGUGGCGUAACAGUGGAGUCUCUUCCCUGCUGGCAUGACAGAGAGGCAGCUAGGCCAAACUUGCCUGAUUCUGUGACCUGGUACAUGGGGUAGCAAGACCCCUCAAAUUUGGCCUGCCCACUCCUUUGUCACACCAGCAGGGAAGGGGCUCCACUAUUAUGCCACCCAACUCUGGUCAAGGGCUAAGCUGGGGGACCUGGGCCCCCCUUUGUUGCACCCCUGGUUUCUUAACUCUCAGGUAUCCCUUUAAAAAAAGCUCUGCCUGCUAGAGGCCAAGCUUGGAGUCAGUCUCAUCCUCCCAGGGCUAUGCAGCACAGUUCCUCUACCCUUAGGGCUGUGCUAUGUUCCAUGAACUGCCUGGCUUUGGCAGGGAAGACA